UUGAAUGUUCAGAUCUGCCGCAAGCUUCUAUCGAUAUCUCCUCCACUACUAAAGUCUUGUGAUAGGCUUCUACCAAGCCCAUCUGUGCCAAAUCUAGAAGAAACCGUAGAUAAAUACCUUAAAUCUCUUAAAAAUAUCCUAAGAAGGGAUGAGUACGAAUUGCUUGAAGAGCAAGCUCGUUCAUUCUUGCGAAAUGAAGGAAAGCGCUUGCAAAAGUACGCCUGGAUUAUGUCUAUGAUGUCAGACAACUACAUUACCCCUUUCUGGGAGAAAUAUGCUUACCAUUACAGUAGGGAACCACUCCUAAUCAAUAGUAGUGUAGCCCACACUGAUCUAAUGGAAGUACCUGAGAAUCGAAGAGCUACCAGAGCGUAUAUGGCAGCUAGAGUGACAUAUUUUGAAUCAAUGUCACAACUUGCUAUUGACAGACAGGACAUCAGCCCGCUUGGCUCGGGCCUUCUAUGUGCUCGCCACUAUGAUAGGCUCUACAGUAUAUGUCGAGUUCCCGGAGAAGAAGUUGAUCAUUUUGAAUACUACGGUCUCUCUAAACAUGUGGUAGCUAUACUCAAUGGUUGCUUCUACAAGGUGAUGCUUUGUGAUGAGAAGAAUCGCAUCUAUAGCAUCGAUCAACUAGCUAAGAUUUAUGCAGAAUUAUUAUCACGAAAUGAUAAUGUUCAAGGACCUUCUAGCAUGGUCGCUGCGCUGACAACUGAUAGACGGUAG